UAAAUCAACCUCCCUAUAAGUGGAGUUAGGGUUCUCAUUUGUCAUCCAAACCCUAACACACACACAGGUCAUUGCCGCAGCAGCCCCUUUUUCAGGAGGGUAUAAUGACGACCAGUUUGAGAAAGAACAGAAAGAAGAGAGGACAUGUGUCAGCUGGACACGGUCGUAUCGGUAAGCACAGGAAGCAUCCUGGAGGUCGUGGUAACGCUGGAGGUAUGCACCACCACCGGAUCCUUUUCGACAAGUACCAUCCAGGUUACUUCGGUAAAGUUGGUAUGAGGUACUUCCACAGGCUCAGAAACAAGUUUUAUUGCCCCAUUGUGAAUGUGGACAAGCUGUGGUCAAUGGUUCCUCAGGAUGCAAAGGAUAAGGCAACAGCCGAUAAGGUCCCAGUUGUUGAUGUCACACAGCUUGGUUACUUUAAGGUGUUGGGUAAGGGACAGGCUCCGUUGAACCACCCCAUGGUUGUUAAGACGAAGCUCAUUUCCAAGACUGCCGAGAAGAAGAUUAAGGAGGCUGGUGGUGCUGUUGUGCUCACUGCUUAGGUUUCUUUUACUUGUAAUCCGUACCUUUUUAUGAUUUUCGUAUGAAUGGUGAUCUCUGUUUUGAAAUACAAUAGAUUAUUGUUAUGAAUUAAUGACCCUGUUCUUGAAUUGGCUACUUAAUUCUGGUUUUCUGUUAUUAUGGAAUGUAGGAAAUGUUUUUA